CUUUCUUCGCGCGGAUAAUGUCUCUCGCUGGUGGCGGUGUUGAUGAUGAGGGACGGACACGGUUCGGUUCGGUUCUGCUGCACCGCGGGAGGCGGUAUGGAGGUGUUUCUGCUGGAGGAAGUGAAGCGCAAACUGAACGCUACAGAGGUGGAACACAUCCCUGGAAGGGUGUUUUUCUGCUGCCACUCAAAUCUCCAUGAUGUGAUGCAACUCAAAUCAGCAGAGAGGCUCUUCUUACUUCUGCUUAAAGCUCCGCCCACUUCCUUACCUACAAAUCCAGCAAAGUCAGCAAGUGUGAUAGAGCAGAGGAUUGUGGGAAAUCCAGAUGUGUGGCGCGGCACUCUGUCCACCUGGUCCAGGCUGCAGGCGGAGCUUAGUGGGUCUGGAGGGCGGGGCCAGAAGAGGAAGCGAGAGGAAGAAGAGAGUUUGAAGAGUCCUACUUUCAGAGUGAGCUGCCGCUGCAGUGGAGCCAUUGCUCGCUCAUAUAACUCCCAGAACCUGAAUCGUAUCAUUGGGAUGGCCAUCAAACGACAGCUUGGAUGGAGAGCUGAGCUUCGAGAUCCAACUGUUGAGGUGAAUGUGUAUUUAAGUGAUGAUCACAGUGUAGUCGGGAUUCCUCUGUUAAGGCAGCCUCUGGCCAGUCGCACUUAUCUGAAGCACACUGGACUCAGGUCCACUAUCGCCUGGGCAAUGGCGUCUCUCUGUAAACUACAGGAGGCCUCGGUAGUUUUAGACCCCAUGUGUGGAGUUGGUACCAUAUUGCUGGAGGCGGUGCAGGAGUGUCCGAAUGGUGUGUUUAUAGGGAUGGACAGUGAAGAAGCUCAGUUACACAAAGCUGUAGAGAAUGUCCAAGCUGCUGGUCAGGAGGAGAGAGUCCUGAUAAUCCAAUCGUCCUGCAUGGCCAUGCCGCUGCCUGCAGCUUCCGUAGACGCGGUGGUGUGUGACGUUCCGUUUGGCAGGAAGUUCCACUGCGGUGUCGACAUGACCACUGCUCUUCCACACAUCCUCACUGAGAUGGAGAGAGUUCUCCGUGAGGGUGGAAACCUGGUUCUCCUGCUCAGCCUGCAGCUUUCAGCCCUGAUUAAGAAACUGAUCAAAUCGGAUACGCUCGACCUGCAGUCACAGGCAGUCGACUGCAAUGAGGACGCAGACGCCGCAGACAGGAUCGAGACGGAACGAUCGAAAUCAACUUUUAAUUCGCUGAUCCUGCAGAGCAAAUACCGAGUGAGCCUCGGGAGCACUGAUGCGCUCAUACACACCUACACGAAGAGACGCACAACCUGUGAGUCUCUCAGAAGUAAAGAUGGGGAGGGGUUCACCGUUCUGUGAAAGACUGCGUGGGCAAACAGUGCAACAAUUUAAGAAUAACGUUCCUCAAUAUAAAAUUGCAAAGAAUUUGCAGAUCACAUCAUCUAUGGUCCAGAAUAUCAUUAAAAGAUUCCGAGAAUCUGGAGAAAUCUCUGUAUGCAAGAGACAAGGCUGAAAACUGACAUUGGAUGCCUGUGAUCUUCAGGCCCUCAGGAGACACUGCAUUAAAAGCAGACACGUGUCUGUAGUGGAAAUCACUGUAUGGGCUCAGGAACACUUCAGAAAACCAUCGUCUGUGGAAACACUUCAUUACUGCAUCCACAAAUGCAAGUUAAAAUCAGAUAUAAACAAUAUCCAGAAACAGUGCCACCUUCUCUGGGCCCGAGCUCUUUUACGAUGGACUGAGGUGAAGUGGAAAACUGUCCCGAGGUCUAACGAAUCAAAAGUAGAAAUUCUAUUUAGAAAUCAUGGACACUACGUCCUCCAGGCUAAAGAGGAGAGGGACCAUCCAGGUUGUAUCAUCAGUGCACAGUUCAAAAGCAGCAUCUGUGAUGGUAUGAGGGUGCAUUAGUGCACAUGACACGGGUAGCUUGUACAUCUGGGAAGGCAUCAUUAAUGCUGAAUGAUAUCUACACGUUUCAGAGCAAUAUGCUGCCAUCCAGACAAAAUCUUUUUCAGGGAAGACCUUCCUUCUUUCAGCAAGACAAUGCCAAACUGCUUUCUGCACAUAUUAAAACUGCGUGGCUCUGUAGUAAGAGUCCGGGUGCUAAACUGGCCUGCUGCCGUCCAGACCUGUCUCCCAUUUAAAACAUUCGGCACAUUAUGAAGCGCAAAAUACGACAAAGAUGCGAGACCCCGAACUGUUGAUCAAGUGAAACUGUAUAUCAGGUAAGAAUGGGGCAACGUUUCUCUUUCAAAACUACAGCAGUUGGUCUCCUCAAUUCCCAAACGUUUACAGAGUGUUGUUAAAAGUAGAGGUGAUGCAACACAGUGGUAAACACGCCCCGUCCCAACUUUUUUUCAAACGUGUUGCUGAUAUCAAAUUCAAAAUGAGUGCAUGUUUUUAAAAAAAAAAACAAUAAAAUUUCUGUUUCGACAUUUGA